CUCAUUUUUAGCAUAACAUGCUAAUCCAUGCAAGAGGUCGGUCGCUCCAUGGAACUUAUCCAGGCAAAAAUCCGAUCUAGGAAACGGUAGUAAAAUCAACGAUUGAAAUCAUGUCUACAUGUGUGGCCCAACGCAAGAUCGUAACUGAUUCAUGUUUGAUUCAUACAUUCCAAUGCACAUUAGAGAGGGAGCGAACAUUAUUUGGCAAAAAUCUCCACAGGUCCAAAACCCCCACAGCAUAUACAUAGUAUUAUUAUUAUUUUUUUGGUUCUGUACGGUUGGGUUUGGGUUUUGAGUAGGCGAUGAAGCCAAAGGAGCCUCCUUUUUACCUUCUGUACCUCUACCUUCGCUCCUUCUCUCCUUCCCAGCUACCGAAACCCAACCCUAACCCUAAACCUGAUUUUCUUCCGCUUGGAGAAUCCAAGCCCCGUUUCCGAGCAGCAAUGACUGAAUGGCAUAAACGGGAUUCUUUCCUAGAUGAGGUCAUCAGGGAUUUGCUGCUGGACCUGCAACCAACAGAUUGUUUGUUUUUCGCUUCAUGAAAUCCCUCAACGUGGGAUUUCACUUCAAAUCAUUGGGUGAGAAACUCCAUCGUUUGUUCGAUGUUUGGACACCUUUUUCUGUGAGAAAAUGUCAGGGAAAAGAUCGAAGUCAAGGAGAGAAUUCACAAAGGAAGAGUCGAUGAAGGUGUUGUUCGGGGAAGAAAUUGCCGGUUUGCAUGAUGAUGGGUUUGAAGGAUCAAACAACGAGCGACAGAUAUUCAUGGAAGUUUUCUAUGGAAACGAGAAGGGAAAUGGAAGUAAGAGGUGUGUUGUUACUGGUGCUAUUCAUUUCGAAGCAGAUGAGAGUAAGCCCUUGAAUGCAUUGUCCUAUGUGAAUUGUGAACAUUCGAGUCUAACGAGUUUGUCUUCCGUUAAAGAAUCUUUAGGAGAGGAUGUCGGUGCUGUAAAUGAGGGGUUUGGACAUGAGAAUGUAAAGCGUAUAAAGCUAUCUGGGGAACUUCCUGACCAUGAGAAUAGAGAGCCGAGUUAUUGUUUGCUUGAUGCUCGGAAGGAUUUGGUUCAAUUGGAAUCAUCAACGGAACUCGCCUCUGUUGUGGCCGCACCAGGUCUUUACAGCAUUGGCGACACAAUAGCGUGCCGCUUGGUUGAAUCUUCUAGUUUGGGCAUUAUAUCAAGUUGUGUUUUGCUUAAGCAUCACGGAGAAAUGGAUGUUAGCAGUGGGGCAGAUAAUGCGAAAGCCUCUGAUGAUAUUAAACUAGCAAGGUCAGUUGGAAGAGAUGCUGAGGAAAUUACCAAGCCGAAAGUCGUCACCUCGCCUGUUUCUCAGGAGAGCUUUGCAUCCAGGCAUUUGCCACCAGAUACAGUUACUGCAGUUGAAGACAUGCCUUUUGCUCUUUCUUUUAAAGUUGUCACAGAAGAACCCCGGGAUUCCGAUCUUUUGAAGUCAGAUUCAGUUAAUGUGGCCUGGAAGAGGGAUUUUAUAAAGAAGCUCCGUCCACGUCUUCGUGAACAUAUCAAACGUAUUCUGUUGGCUGCCGGCUGGGAAAUUGAAUUGCGUCAAAGGAAAAACAGGUUGUCUUAUAUGGACACAGUUUAUAUAACACCCACAAUGAAGGUUAUAUGUUCACUACCUUCAGCUUGGAAAUCUUGUGGUGAUAGCUUGUUUCCUGGUGGAACUUAUUCAAUGCAGGAAGAUAAUGGGCGGCAGUGGACGGAUGUCAAUGUGUUUUGGUGCGACUUAUCAGAUACCCUAGCAUAUAUUGAAAAAGAGAUGCAGAAAAAGAAAUCUUCUGUUUCACUGCAGCAAAGAUGGAAUUUUCUAAAUCCUUUUGUGACCAUGGUAUUCAUUGACAAAAAGAUUGGUGUUCUGAAAGCGGGGAGGCCGGUGAAAGCUAUCGGAGGUGUUUCAGUUGAAUUGAACAAGAAUCAGGACAUGAUUUCUCCAAUAGAACAUAUAGAUGGGGGCAGAAAUCAGCUCAUGGAGAUGGAUGGGGACAGAAAUCAGCUUGUGGAAACCUCUUCAGAUCAAUUGGGCAGCUUAAAUGAGGGUUCGGUCCUAGCUCUCGAGUCAGAUAGCUUAUGUACCCAGGUGGAUGCUUGCCUCCACGGCACUCCUAUAGUUGCUGAAAGUACAGAGACAGUGGCAGAGGGGAUUGAAAAUGUUUCUAAUCAUCGGGAUGCCGGUGAAAGGUUCUCUAUCUCCUGUGAACGGAAUCACAGAAAUGAAGAUUUUCAAUCCAUCUGUACAUCGGGAAAAACAAAUAGGAAGCUUUUUCAUGAUGGAGAUGUAUGUGAAAGAAGCCUUAAAAGCCUGGCCAGGAGCAUCCAGAAUGGUUCGGCUGAUGCUACAGAUUUGGGUAGCAAGAAGGGGAUUUUGUCAGAAAGUGAGCCAAAGAGAACGACCACAUCAGCAUGUUAUUCAGCUGUUGUUGAGGAGUCUCACUCUGAAGACUUGCUUGUGGAUGGUGUUUUGGUCAAAGAACCAUCAAAAUCCCAGGUCAUGAAGUUGGCUGGAAGUGCUUCUAUGAAUAGAACUGUUGAUUGCAGAGUAGAAGGAGAACCGACACCCCUCGGUUUGAAUGUUGAAAUUGAUGUGACGGAUAUGCAAGAGGCAAAGGAACAGACAUGUGAAAUUAUAAUACCUACUGAACAUAAUCAACAAUGUAAAAAAUCGACAAUUCAACUGCAGAUGCCAUGCUCACAUCCCCAGGAGGAGAACUUACCUCAUGGAGUGGAUGAGAAAUGCAACAAUAAGGUGCUGACUCAUGACAACACACUGGUUACUGUCCAAGGAAUUACCAUGCUGCCGGAAAUGGAGUCUUCUGCUUGUCGGAGUAGCCCCAGCAGAGAGUUUCCUUGUUUCAAUCUGGUUGAUAAGGUCAAAGUUAAUCUCGUUCUUUCAGUCCACCAAGAAGACACCAUUUUGUCAGAUAGGGAAAUGGACUCGGAGGGGUUACAGCCUUCUGAACAUCUUGAAGAAGAGACUCGGAGUGUUUUUGAAGCUUCUGCAACAGAGGAUGCAUCUGCAGCAGCACCAGAAAUUGGUUUGAUGAAAGAGACACAGAAGAAGUCUAAGAAGAGAUCAUACAUUAAGGCAGUCAAAUCAUAUCACAAGUACAAGAAGGAUGUUCUUUUGACACCUAAUAAGGUUGGAUCACAAAGUUCUAAUUUCAUAAAUUUUGACAGGGGCCAAGAAGUUACUCGUAAUUCUAAAAGAAGACAAAAAAUAUAUGGAAGUAUGAUACCUUCUGGAUGCAAUGCAAAGUUGGCCAUAGGUAGCCAUCAAUGUGAAGAAGUCAUGGUAGAAAAGCAGAUACCAUUUCUUUUCCUGCAUGAGAAUUUAUGUAAUGGAGUGAAUGAGAACUGCAUGAAAGAGGUGUGUGCUCACGAGAACUCAUUUCAUACUGCCAAAGGACAUGCUGUACAGAAGCAGUCUUCUGUUUAUAAUGGUAGCUGCCCCAGCAGAAAACUCCUUUCUUUCAAUAUAGAUGGCAAGGAUGAAGAUGGUCUGGAUUUAUUGGUCCACCAGAAAAGGCCAAUGCAAUUGGAAAUGGAAACACGCUCAGUGGGCUUGCAGCAGUUUGAGUUUCAUGAAGAGGAGCUUGACAUUACAUUUGAAGCUUCUAAAUCUAAGAAAGAGGGCAGCGCGUCUGCAGCAACAACAGAAGUUGGUUCGACAAAAAAGGUACGUAAGAAGUCUAAGAAGAUAUCGGAAAUUAAGGCUCCCAAAUCAUUCAGUCAGCAUAAAAAGGCAGAUCUACCCCUCCCUCCGAAGGUCGAAUCCCCAAAUGUCAAUUUCACAAAUUUAGAUGGAGACUUUGAUGACUUUACUCAUGGUCAUUUAAAGAAAAGUGAGAAAUGGUCUAUAGGUAGUUGCAGGAAUGAUAGUCCCAACACAUCAUCUGUCAGCUCUUCCCAGAAUCGACAUGUGAGCUCAUCCAAAUUUAAGAAGUUUCAGCACCAGGGUGAUUUCAAAGAAUCAGAUGACGCAGCAGCUGAUUGCAAGAGCCUAACGAAGCUCAGAUGCGAGAAUAGAACUGAUGAAGCUCCUUCGCUUCCUGCAAAUGGUGAUGAACAUGUGGACCCUCGCACAAGCACAAAUACUCGCAGGGCAAAAAAAUCUGAGCCUAUGGACCCUCAAUCAAGCAGAAAAAUUCCCAAGGAGAAAAAAUCUGAACUCCGCCAUGAAAAUGGUCGAAAGAGAUCGCGUCGAUGCUUGAUUGAUGAUGAUGACCUUUUGAUUUCAGCUAUCAUAAACAAGGAUUUCAGCUCCAACAGCAAACAUAUUCCUCUGAAAAGAAGUAAAGCUCAUUCAAAAGUUGCAAGACAGCUCAAGAGUCAAAAUGGUAGUUGCAAAUUGCUUCUUCGGAAUCCUGGGAAAGGGGGAAAGCAUUCCAUCGAUGGAAAGUGGUUCUCCAGUGCAAGAACAGUGCUGGCCUGGUUGCUCGACACAGGUGUUGUGUCUGUGAAUGAUGUGAUCCAGUACCGGAGCCCAAAGGAUGGUGCAGUGAUAAAAAAUGGCCGGAUUACGAGGGAUGGAUUGCUCUGUAAAUGCUGCAACAAGAAGCUUUCGGUGUCUGAGUUUAAGGUGCAUGCUGGUUUCAAGCUACAACGGCCCUGUUUAAACCUUUUCCUGGAGUCUGGUAGGCCAUUCACACUAUGUCAGCUUCAGGGUUGGUCUUCUGAAUACAAGGCCAGGAAAGGUGUCAGAAGGCAAGUGCAAGUAGAUGAGGUGGAUCAAAAUGAUGAUACUUGCGGUCUCUGUGGCGAUGGCGGGGAGUUGAUAUGUUGUGAUAACUGUCCAUCUACUUUUCAUCAGUCGUGCUUGUCCACUCAGGAACUCCCUGAAGGCAAUUGGUACUGCCCAAACUGCACUUGUGAGAUUUGCGGGGAUCUGGUCAAUGAGAAAGAGACUUCAUGUUCCUUGAUCGUAUUACAGUGCUCACAAUGCGAGAACAAAUAUCACAAAAUGUGCAUAAAUGAAAACAGUAUAUAUAAAGAAGUGGCCUCUGGUACAUGGUUUUGCGGAGGAAACUGUCAAGAGGUUUACUUAGGUCUACAUUCCCGUGUUGGAAUCCUAAACCGUAUUGUAGAUGGUUUUUCCUGGACACUUUUGAGAUGCAUUCAUGGUGACCAAAAGAUUCAUUCUGCACAAAGAUUUGCGCAGAUGGCAGAAUGCAAUACAAAAUUAGCUGUGGCACUUAGUAUUAUGGAGGAGAGCUUUCUCCCCAUGGUGGAUCCAAGAACGGGCAUAGACAUGAUACCUCAUGUUUUAUACAACUGGGGAUCGGAUUUCACACGUUUAAAUUAUCAAGGAUUUUACACUGUGGUCUUGGAGAAGGGUGAUGAACUUGUUUCUGUAGCAUCCAUUAGGGUGCAUGGAGUUACAUUGGCAGAGAUGCCACUUAUUGCCACUUGUAGUGAACAUCGGCGCCAAGGGAUGUGUCGACGCCUUAUGAAUGCAAUUGAAGAGAUGUUAAAAUCUUUCAAGGUCGAAAUGCUGGUAAUCACUGCAAUCCCGACUUUAGUGGAGACAUGGACAUCAGGUUUUGGCUUUAAAGCCAUGAGUGAUAAAGAGAAGAAACAAUUAACUCGCAUGAAUUUGAUGAUGUUCCCUGGAACAACAUUGCUCAAAAAGACCUUGUGCAGAAUAGAAACUAUGGAAACUGAAGAAGCAGGACUGGAUGCUGGAUUGUCCUUGAUAACAGAUGCUUCAAGGGAAGUUGGUGUUUGCGAUGAAAAUACCGUUCUUGACCCUGGGCCACAAUCUGUUGGAAUUGACCUGGAAGCAAAUCAUGUGCUCCAGAACUGCAGGGCUCUGCCAUUAGAAGAAGAACAACGGCAUAGUCAGCCAAAACAUUUUAUGGAGUUGUAUGCUAGCGAACCUGCUUCAACACUUGCAGAAAGCAAUCGCGGAGAUGCUUCUAACAUUGAUUGUUGCAGUGCAGGGAUAGAAAACCUGGACACAUGUGAUGGCAGUAGGCUUGUUUCCACUUGGCAAGUUGCUAGUGAGACGUCACUUGGUAAUGCUGUGGGUGCAGAAAUUCAUGCCGACCCAAGGUCCAACAAUUCCCACAAAACAAGAUUGGAUUGCGAAGUUGCAGCAUUGGGAAACAUGGACUUUCUUGCUAAGGUGAGUAAAGCAAAUUGCAUGAGAAACCAGGAAAGUAUAGGCUGCUUUUCUGAUUCCUUGUGUACAAGGGAGAAUGGAGAUGGCGGUGGAGCUGAAGAAAAAGAUGGUAUUACUGGAACACGUGAUGCAAGAAAGACUAUGAUAUCAUCAGAAGGGGAAAAUGGAAGCUACCCUCUCCUGAGAUCGGUGGAGAAAGGAGAGGAUCCUCUGAUGCUAGCCCCCAACUCAAACAUGCAGAAUCAUGGAGAGCUCGGUAUGGAACAUCAUUGUCAAGCAUCUUCGCUGAAGGUUUCUAAAGCAGCAGCUUGUUUGGAGGGGGGAGCUACUUUCCAUUCAGGUUGUCAGCUUGUCAGUGGCAUCCCAGGCAAUGGGAGUUUUGCUCAGCAAGAUUGACCUGACAGGAAAUUCCAGGACUGGUUAUGAGUGGUCUUGGUCUUUUCAAACAAAAAAGCGGUUGUUUCUGUGAAUGGAAGUUCAAUGGUUUACAAAUUUCCUGUGGAAGCCAAAUGGGAUUUGGAAAUCCAGCUGCCAAUGGAAGAAAGUCUCAGACCCAACGUCACAAACAUGUUCAUUAUGGUCCACCCUGCAGUAAACCACUUUCGCUGGAUUGUUUGAGUUUUGGAACAUUGACGGUAUGAGUCAAACUAUUGACUUAGCUGUUGUUAGAGGUGAGAAGGUGGAAUGCGGACGUCUAACUCAGACAAAUAGUACUGUUUCUCUUCUGGUAUUCACUUUCAAGCCGCCACUGAAACUUUGAUGCAGACAUCGGCUGGUGUCUGGUGUAUCAUGACUUCAGUGGUUGUUCUUUCUGGCUUCUUGGGGGGGGUGGGGUAGUGGAAGUUGUACAGGUGUUGCUGAGAAAAUUCUUGCACAGUCCAAACCGUCGGUCUCCAAGGUCAUGUUUUGGUCAUUUGGAGAUAAAUUCGGUGUUGUGGAGGAAGCUGGCUUUGUGAUCCAUGGAUGGCGGCUGUCGAUGGCUGUAGAUUAGGUGACAGGUCCCACAUUUUGAAGACAGUUGCUAGAGAACCGAGUCGACUGAUGGGGACGGUUCUUGUAAAUUUCCGUACCAUAGAGUGCUGAAUGAAGAGAUCUCCAGUUAGGCAUUUCAAAGGAGAUCUUUGGCGCACUCACCUGUUCCACUGCGAAUUUGCAUCAAUCUGGUACAAUGUAAAGCAUUUUGUCGGUGAAAGGAAAUGAUUUCACGCA